AUGGCCCCAGCCGUAAACCACCCCACCGCCGUCAGCUUCCUCGACGAGCACGUCCAACGCGUUCCCCACAGUGACGCAGCUACGUAUUAUGGCGGCGCAGAGGCCUAUACUCGUUCGAGGACCUACAGCCACGCUCAUUUGCAUGGCUACAACCCCAAACGUGCGCCAGCAUUCCAGGACGAUUGGCACUCCAGAGCCCGCCGUCUCUCCCACGACGAAAAGCCCAGCACGGGUUCCAGGAGAUUCCUGAUUGACGUCGAGGAAACUAUCCGUGUUGUCCUCGAGCAAGAGGACACCGACGGUGACUUUCAGAUCAGCGUCACCGACGCUGGCCCAAAGAUGAUGGCAUUGGGCACCGCAACUAGCAAUGGAUUCAAGACCUUCGACAUUAGAGGUACAUACAUGUUGUCCAACCUCUUGCAAGAAUUGGCUCUUGCCCGUGACCACGGCAGGAAGCGUAUCAUCCUCGACGAGUCCCGUCUCACAGAGAACCCCGUUGACCGACUCUCGCGCAUGAUCAAGAACUCGUUCUGGAAUUCCCUGACUCGUCGUAUCGACGGCGAUGGCUUAGAGAUCAUUACUGCUGACCCCAAGAAUCGGACCGGCCGAGUUCAACCAAGGAUUUAUGUUCCCCAUGGGGAACCUGCCAUGGCCGAGUACUAUCGCAAGGUCGCAAAGGAGAAGCCCCACAUGAACUUGGACGUUCAGGUUCUCCCUCCCAAGCCUGACGACCCCGAGUUUGUCAAGAGCUUGAACUCCAAGCCCGGCCUGUUGGCAUUGGCAAUGAAUGAAGUCGACGAUGGGAAGGGAGGAAAGACCCUGAAAGGUAUUCCGUUCAUCGUUCCGGGUGCUCGCUUCAACGAGCUUUACAACUGGGAUUCGUACUUUAUCUCUCUGGGCCUCUUGGUUGAUGGCCAAGUCGCCAUGGCUAAGGGCAUGGUUGACCACUUCAUCUUUGAGAUUAAGCACUACAAUAAGAUCCUCAACGGGUCUCGCAGCUACUACCUCUGCCGUAGCCAGCCACCCUUCUUGACCGACAUGGCGCUCCAGAUCUAUAACCAGCUUGAUCGCAACGACGCCGAAGCCAACAAGGCCUGGUUGAAGCGAGCCAUUCAAGCUGCCAUCAAGGAGUACCACACCGUUUGGGUCGCUGAGCCUAGAAUGGAUCCCAAGACGGGUCUCUCUCGAUUCCGCCCCGAUGGUCUCGGUAUCCCUCCCGAAACCGAAGCCACCCACUUCACUCACAUCCUCGAACCAUACGCCAACAAGCACGGCCUUUCCGUCCUCGAGUUCAGCGAGAAGUACAAUGACGGGAUCCUCAAAGAACCCGAGCUCGACGAAUACUUCCUCCACGAUCGCGCCGUCCGUGAAUCCGGCCACGAUACAACCUACCGCUUCGAGAAGCGUUGCGCCAACCUUGCGACGAUUGAUCUCCAGUGCUUGUUGUACAAGUACGAAGUGGAUAUUGGGACAGCUAUCCGGGAGGUGUUUGAUGAUCAGCUAGAGUUGGAGGAGGAGUUCGACUUGCAGCCAUUCCCUCCCACCCCCGAGACUUAUGCUAACCCACGUAGAGAGAAGUCGACCAAGCGCGCGCAGUCGAGCGAUGAGUGGUUCGAGAGGGCCGAGUUCAGAAGACAGAGAAUCGACCAGUACCUGUGGAACGAGAACAAGAGCCUCUACUUUGAUUACGACACUGUCCAGGAGCAUCAGAUACUCUACGAGAGUGUUACCUCUCUUUGGGCUCUCUGGGCUGGAUGUGCGAGCGAAGAGCAGUGCUGGCAGCUUGUUACCCGCUCUUUGAAGAAGUUUGAGGUUCUUGGUGGGCUCGUCUCCGGCACCGAAGAGUCUCGAGGCAAGAUUUCCUUGGACCGACCUAAUCGACAGUGGGAUUACCCCUACGCCUGGCCACCGCAUCAGAUCAUGGCCUGGGUAGGUUUGGAGCGUUACGGUUAUCUCGAAGAAGCUCAGCGCUUGGCAUACCGCUUCUUGUACAUGAUGACCACGGCCUUCGUCGACUUCAACGGUGUCGUUCCGGAGAAAUUUGACGCUGUCAAGUUGUCUCAUCUCGUCGAUGCUGAAUACGGCAACCAAGGAAUCGAUUUCAAGAUGGUCCCCCGGGAAGGAUUUGGUUGGAUGAAUGCUGCGUACCAAGUUGGCUUGUCCUUCCUCACGACUCACAUGCGUCGCGCUGUUGCUACUUGCACUAGCCCUGAAGUCUUCUUCGGCACUGCCAGCAACCUAGGCUUGAGUGGACAGAUGGCUCUCGCUAACACCGGACCCACGACUGAUCCCCUCAACCUCGCUAUGGAGAGCUUGGAUCUUUAA